AUGAAGGCCGCGACCUCUCCGGGUAGUAGGAAGGAUAGAGACAGUAGGGGUGGCGGAAUAGGUGUGUAUAUAAAUGAUGAUAUAAAGUGUGAACAUAUUUCUAUAACUGAUUAUAUUGGAGAUGAUUCAUCAGUAAUUGAACAAUUUUGGUUGAAACUUCAAUUCAAGUCGUCCUCAGUUGCCUUAGGAUUGUUGUACAGACCUCCUAAGGCUAAUCUCAAUUCUGCAGUUGAAACUCUGGAUACACUUUUAUCGCAUUUGUCUACUGUUUACGACCAUAUUAUCAUAUUGGGUGAUAGGGAUGCAGCUUUAAUAAAAUACAAACACAAUAGGACAAAUCAGAACUGGACAGAAUACACUGAACUGAGAAAUUAUGCUCCUGCAGCACAGCAUAGAGAAAAGGCUGGUUAUCUUCAGCACUUACAAGAAACUAAUAAUUCAUCUUCUUUAUAUAAGGGUAUAAGGAAUUUGAACAUGCAGACUAAGAAGCGUAACCACAUACCUAUGCCCAAGAAUCAAGAGGAAUGGUUACAAAUUGCUGAAGGUUUUGAAAAGCGAUGGAAUUUUCCGCAUUGCUUAGGAUCUAUUGACGAAAAACACUGUAUUUUGCAAACUCCAGCCAACAGUGGAAGUGACUACUUCAAUUAUAAGUCGACUUUUAGUAUUGUGUUACUUGCACUUGUGGAUUAUCAUAACAAUUUUUUAUUCGCUGAUGUAGGCUGUCAAGGCCGCAUCUCAGAUGGAGGAGUGUUUGCUCAUACAUCUUUUUGUAAAACAUUGUAUGCAGGAACUCUAAAAUUACCGGAAGAAUCUAUUUUACCUGGAAGGACAGAAAACGUGCCUUAUGUGUUUGUAGCAGACGAUGCAUUUGCACUACAUAAGCACAUUUUAAAACCAUAUGGUGGAACACACGAAAACAACUCAUCUAAACGAACCUUUAAUUAUAGGCUAUCAAGGGCACGGAGAGUUGUGGAAAAUGCAUUUGGCAUCCUCUUCUCUCUCAGAAAACCGAUACUUUUGAAAGAAGACAACGCGGCAUUGGUGGUUUUAAGUUGUGUAUACCUACACAAUUUUUUGAGAAGGAGCAAAACAUCGCGAAAUAUAUACGCUCCACCAGGAAGUUUUGAUAUCGAACCUAAUACGCGGCGACUAAAGACAUCUAAAUGGGUGUCCGCAAAGUUGGGAGCCGAGGAUAAAUGUCUGGACAAAGAGGAAGUUACGCCAAAGAAAUACUUCAACUUCAACGGCAAGUCGCAAUGGAUUAAAGUGGACACCUCAUCCAGAGUGACGCAUCAGUUGAAUGUUGGAAUUGGCGCCGAUUCGCAACAAGUAUAUAUAGUAAGUUGCAAAAUCUAA